CACCGGGCGUAGUGCCUGUACACACACAGCUAUCAGCUGGUACAUGGCGGCGACCAGGUGGUGCUCUGUGGUCUAAAGUAAUCGUUUUCGGCACCCCUGCGCUGUGUGGUGGUGUGAACCACACUUCCGCCCAUCUCUCCCCGCCGCCAUUUUCGUGUCCAGGCUCUGGCAGGCACAGUUUCCGCCUUCGUACCAGGAGAGCUCGUCACCAUGCCGGCGGGACCCGUGCAGCUGCUAGCGCCCCAGGCGCCCGAUGGCGGCCAGCAACAGAUGGAGGAGGAAAAGAAGGAAGAGGUGGUUCCCUCUAAGCCCAUUGUUGGCAUCAUCUACCCACCCCCAGAAGUUCGAAAUAUUGUGGAUAAGACUGCAAGCUUUGUGGCAAGAAAUGGCCCAGAGUUUGAAGCCAGAAUUCGUCAGAAUGAAAUAAACAAUCCUAAAUUUAAUUUCUUGAACCCGAAUGACCCUUAUCAUGCCUACUACCGUCACAAGGUUAAUGAGUUCAAAGAGGGAAAAGCGCAAGAGCCAUCUGCUGCCAUUCCAAAGGUCAUGCAGCAACAGCAGUCUGUACAGCAACUUCCUCAGAAGGUUCAGGCCCAGGUUGUCCAGGAAACAAUAAUUCCAAAGGAACCCCCACCAGAGUUUGAGUUUGUGGCUGAUCCACCGUCCAUUUCUGCCUUUGACCUGGAUGUAGUGAAACUGACUGCUCAGUUUGUAGCUCGGAAUGGGCGGCAGUUUUUGACGCAACUGAUGCAAAAAGAACAGAGGAAUUACCAGUUUGACUUUCUGCGGCCUCAACAUAGUCUCUUCAAUUACUUCACCAAGCUUGUGGAGCAGUACACUAAGAUCUUGAUUCCUCCAAAGGGAUUAAUCGCCAAGCUGAAGAGAGAGGCUGAGAACCCUACAGAGGUUUUGGAUCAGGUUCGAUACCGUGUAGAGUGGGCAAAGUUUCAGGAAAGAGAGCGAAGAAAAGAGGAAGAAGAAAAGGAGCGAGAGCGUGUGGCCUAUGCACAAAUUGAUUGGCAUGAUUUUGUGGUGGUAGAGACUGUUGACUUCCAACCUAAUGAACAAGGUAACUUUCCACCUCCCACAACACCUGAGGAGCUGGGUGCUCGUAUUCUAAUUCAAGAGCGAUACGAAAAGUUUGGAGAAAGUGAGGAUGUGGAAAUGGAAGUGGAGUCUGAUGAUGAAGAUGAGGUGAAGGACAGCAAGACCGAAGAAUCAUCAUCUCAAAUGGAUCAAGAUACUCAAGUGCAGGAUAUGGAUGAAGGAUCGGAUGAUGACGAAUAUGCACAGAAGGCUCCUCUUCCUCCUGAGUCACCAAUGCCCCCACCUCUACCUCCAACUCCAGACCAAGUUAUUGUUCGGAAAGAUUACGAUCCCAAAGCUUCAAAGCCACAACCACCAGCUCCAGCCUCAGAUGAGUAUCUGGUUUCACCCAUCACUGGGGAGAAGAUUCCUGCCAGCAAGAUGCAGGAGCACAUGCGUAUUGGUCUUUUGGAUCCACGCUGGCUGGAGCAGAGAGACCGUUCUAUCCGUGAAAAACAAGGGGAUGAUGAGGUGUAUGCACCUGGAUUGGACAUUGAAAGCAGCUUGAAGCAGUUGGCUGAACGCCGUACUGAUAUUUUCGGUGUGGAAGAAACAGCCAUUGGUAAAAAGAUUGGAGAGGAAGAAAUCCAGAAACCUGAGGAGAAGGUUACAUGGGAUGGUCACUCUGGCAGUAUGGCACGUACCCAGCAGGCCGCCCAGGCAAAUAUUACUCUGCAGGAGCAAAUUGAGGCUAUCCAUAAAGCUAAAGGGCUGGUGCCUGAUGAAGAUGGCAAAGAUAAGAUUGGACCUAGCAAGCCCAAUGAGAUUUCACAGCCGCCUCCAUCUUCUGCACCUACCAUGUCCACUUCUGUUCCGCCCAUGAAUUCUGCUCCAAGACUACCACCCCCUGUGUCACUCCACCAACAGGUCAACCCUCCUGUGUCAAGGCCACUGUCCAUGCCACCACCUAUACGAACUACUAUGGUGUCUGCUAUGCCUGUGAUGCAGAGGCCUCCAAUGGCAUCUAUGGUCCGUCUUCCUCAUGGCUCUGUCUUGACAGCUCCCAUGCCACCUAUCCUGCAUACUCCUAGGAUUAAUGUUGUGCCUAUGCCCCCGAACCCACCCCCUAUGAUGACACAGAGAGCACCUCAUAUGAUUGUCCCAGCUGCAUUUGUCCCUGCUCCACCUAUUGCACCUGUGCCUCAGUCUGCACCAUUACCCCCAUCUCAUCCUCCUCCACCAAUGGAGGAUGAGCCAUCUGCCAAGAAAAUGAAGAGUGAGGAUGCUCUGAUGCCAGAAGAAGAGUUCUUGCGCAGGAACAAGGGGCCUGUUACAGUUAAAGUGCAAGUUCCCAACAUGCAGGAUAAGACGGAAUGGAAGCUGGGUGGCCAGGUGCUGGCCUUCACCCUGCCCCUCUCAGACCAGGUCUCUGUAAUUAAGGUUAAGAUCCAUGAGGCAACUGGCAUGCCAGCUGGAAAGCAAAAGCUUCAAUAUGAUGGAAUCUUUAUUAAAGACUCAAACUCUGUCGCUUACUACAACAUGCAGAAUGGAGCUACAAUCCACCUGGCUCUGAAGGAAAGAGGAGGGCGAAAAAAAUAACUUUAAGACAAUUAAAAAAAGUUAACUACAAUUCUCUCAUUGCCAGUACAUUAGACAAAUUGUGCUGUUUUAAUGCUGAUGUUUCAAGUAUACUUAAUAGUACAUAGGCAUGGCAAUAGCACAUGGAGUGUGGAACUGUGCAGGUAAAUUUGCACUUUAAAGAAGACCUAUGUAUGCUGACCAGCUUUUAUGGAGAAGUGGAUUUGACAGAAGGUUGUAACUGCCUGAUCAGCAUUUGUACAACGACAGACUUCCAAGAAUUAAAACUAAAGCUUAUUGUCUGGAACUAUUUCGAAGUACUAAUUAAACAUGAUAUAUAGCACAAUUGUUCAAACCCUUCAGUUCAGUAUGUUUGCCCCAUGAUCUUUAAUGCAUAGUGCAUGCAGUCAUUUUUUUUUUAGUUUUUUACAACAGUCUGGCAAAAUACAAGGGAGGCACUUACUCUGGAAGAGAGCGUUGAUUUCUGUGGAGGGACUUAAUGACACUUAGGUGAUCUAACAGUAGUGAAUGAGGAAUUGAUGAAAAUUAGAAUGUGUGCUAGUCCUGUACCUACUGUUUAAUUCUCCUUCGUAAAGAGCCAGAAUAAAGUAUCGAGGUUAUUUUUAGACAACAUUUCCCAAAUGCGUAAACCCAAAUUGGCCAGCAAUCCUUAUAAAAUAUUCAGAUUUAAUGAGAAUGUUUAGUAAUGUUGAAAAUAAGUGCACCAGAUUCCACAUUUGUGUUUGGUGAUUGGCCAAUUUGCUGUAACUGAAACUGCCAUGUUCCUGUUCGUUCAACCGGCUGAGGGCCUGAAUCUGAUUAUUUAAGCUAUAGUCUGUGUCUGGAUCCACUUGUAUUGGGGAUCUUGAGUAGUUGCCUACAGAUAUGGGUGGAGGAAGAAAGUGUUGCUAUAGUUGAGUUAACUGCCUAUAGUAAACUUUUGCAGUUAACUUGUGCCUUAUUUAUGGAUAUAUAGUAAUGUUUUACCCAGCAAUGACAACCCAUGACAUUACAAGUAGAUUUAUUUGGUCAUUAAACUUUCAUGCAGUAAUUUAACAUUCACCGUGAGCAAAAUUAUUAUUCAUUAAACGUCUUUUCCUCUUCAA